UUCAAAUCCAACCGUCGCGGCUGUUACGAUCCGCUACAUCAUGGAGGACGGCCGGCGGCUGCAUGCGGUGGUGCCAACCGCGCCGACGCGGCCGCGGAACACGCCGCCGACAACGCCGACGCCACCGCCCAAGCGUCUCUCGCGCAUCCUCAACCUGCACGACAUGAAGAAAGCGCAGCAGCCGGCCGUCGACACGCCCGAGAGGGCCCAGCUCGCCGAGCGCAUCUACGCCAAGGGCGUCAAGCGCUCGCUUCAGCACACGGCCAUGUACCCAUCUAAAGCUACGUCCAACGCGGCCAAGAUGGGGUCGUUUGUCGCGACGCCCCUCGUCACGCGACCAGCGGCCGAUAAAGUGCUGGUGCCCCGGCGCCCGGCCCCGGCGUCACCGACGACCAUGCCACCAGUGCAGCUCGGCUUUCAGCCUUCGAAAUGUACCUCGCCUCGCGUCGCUGACGCGGUAAGCCGCGUUGCCGCGCCACCGCUGAGUGCGCGCGACGCCUUUUACUUGAGCCAACGUCCGCCUUCGACGCCAAAGAAGCCCGCACCCGUUGUAGCUGCCGUGACGCCGCCAGCGGUGGUUGUCGAGGACCGACCAACGCGCGCGACGCUGCUUCACAAGUCGACGCACUUGCAGACUUUCACGGAACGGGUCGAAGCAAGCAUUGCAGUGCCGGGCGGUGUGCCAGCAGACGCGUUCUUGUACUUGCGGAGCGCCGAGGACGACCCGUACGAUCUGCGUGUGGUCGACCACGACAGCAUCGACAGCAGCAACUACUACACGAUGAGUCGAGCAGGUGUCACCCACUUUACGGGUCACGGGCAGCCCGAAUUCACGCGCCUUGAGGCGUUUGAGCGCGAACACUACAUGUUUACGCUCGUGCGCCAGAUCCCCUUCUUCCAAACGUACCGCAUCUGGAAACAGUUCCGCCGCUGGAAGGUCAACGUCCGUGCCGUCAAGACCCGCGCGGCCACCUACAUGCUGCAGCACGAGCUCUUUGUGCUGCGCCCAACGCUGCAUUCGGCGCUCAUGGAGCUCCGCGCGCAGUGCUACAACAUGAGUCUUUUGCGCAUCUUUGGCAUAAAUGCGACCCAGACGUACACGUUGAGCGACUUUACCGAGACGCAGCAGGCGCAGAUCCUUGCGACGGACAACGCGAUCGGCGUCAUGGUCUGCGAUAUCCUGGCGACGACGCAAGCCACGUGCAACGCCUUUCUUCGCGCCUUCUUGCUCGAGAACGGCUUUACGACGCAAACCGAGCUGCCCGACGACGUCAGUCGCGUCUUGAGCCAGCUCGCGUCACCACCAAAUGACGAAGACGACACCGCUACCACUAGCGAAGCGAGUCGGCGGUCAGUCACGUGGGCCAACGGCCGUGUCGUGACGUUCACCGAGCGCGCGGCGAUGCGCACGCAGUGCCGAAGCGUUGUCAAGCUCAUUCGGCUUGUCGAGUUUUUCGUUGUCGACUCCCUCCUCCUCCUCGGGCUCUGCAGCACGCACGAGCUGCUCUCGGAAAUGCAGCACAUUGUUCAGGCCGUGGACGACGUGGCGCCGCCGCCUCAGCCGAUUGGCGGGAAAUUGCUUCUCAAGCCGCCGCCUCCCAUCGUACCGCUCUUCCGUGUUGAGGUGCGCUUGCACUUGACCACGCUCCACGACGGCAGCGUGCGGUCGCAGCUGCUGUUCGACCCGAGCUGCGAGGAGCUGCGUGCUGAACUCGAAGGCGUCAUCAGCGCCGGUCUUCGGGCUGCGACAUCGCGGCCACGGCUCAUGGCCGACGCAGGCUUCGACCCGUAUGUGCAGUCGACGCUGGACGAUGACGUGGGCGAGCUCAGCCCGGGCUUGAACCUCGAUAUGAUGGUGAUGGAGGACGCGGCGCUCCAGGACCUCCUCGCCCGCAUCUCGGGCGUCGUCACGAGAGCGUUCGAUGCGCUCGCAGUGUUCGCCAAGGGCCUCUCGCGCUUCGAGGCGCAGUACAUUGCCAACCUCGCCUUCAUGAAGGUCGCGGGCGACGUCGAGCACCCGGUCAACCUAGGCCGGUCCAUCGACGACUUGCGCGACCAGCUGGAGGCCUACUCGACGCAGAUGACGCAGUUCGAGGCGCUGCCCGACACAACGACCGUCGGUCUGCUUCUCGCCGACUGCAAGGACCUCAACGACCUCCUCAAGCCAAGCCCACGGGCCUGUAUGCACUGCCUGCAUACGCUAAUUCCCCGCAUUGCGCAGUACAAGAACGAGGAGCUGCUGACCGAAGUCUCGCGCGCCAACGACGCGAUUGCUUCGAUCCCGACGUCGGUCGACGAGUACGCGGCUGCGGUUGUGGCGCUGCGCGAGACGGAGGCGCGCAUGGGCGACCUGGACGACCGGUACAUGUUUCUCAAGCAGCUGUAUGCGCUCACGGACGAAUUCAAGAUACCGGUGUCGGACCUCGAUGCCACCAAUGCGUUCAUGCUGGCGCAGAAGCGUGCGCAGCUCAAGACGUCGAUGGAUCUCUUGGAGAGCGGGUCGGACGCGUACACGGACAAGUUUUCCAAGGAGCUCGACAAGAAAAUCUCAAAGCUCAAUACGCUCGUCAACGAACGACGGGAUGAGCUCCAUAACGCAGCGCUCGUGGCCGUCGGUAACGACGCCGCCGAGGUCCUAACCCACUUGCAAGGCAUCGACGGACGCCUGCAAGAGUCGGAGUCGAUCGGCGCCAAGUACAUUGAGUUUCAGAAAGUGCUGGGGCUCGCACAAAGCUCGUUUCAAGACUUGGACGAGCUGCGUGCGGACCUCGAAGUCAAAAAGCUGCUUUGGACGACGGUCCAGGCGUGGGCGGCGGCUUCCGAAGCGUGGAGAGACACACUUUUGUCCGACGUCAACGUUCCGGAUGUCGACGAGCGCGUCAACAGUUUUUACAAGACGACACUCGCGUGCGAGCGGGGCCUCCCAGGCAACGCCGUCGUGCGGCAGCUGCGCGAGACGGUCGAGUCGUUCAAGGACGCGCUGCCAAUAGUCGCCGACCUUCGCUGUCUCCACUUGCGUCCCCGGCACUGGGCAGCGAUCAGCGCUGUCUUGCACUUUGACGUGCUCGCAGAUCCCUCGCUGACGCUCGGGCGAUUUGUCAGCAUGCACUUGCACGCGAGUGCGCCGGCCGUCAACCGCAUUGCCACCGAGGCGACGCAGGAGGCGACGCUGGAGGCAACCCUCGCUCGCAUCAAUGGGCUCUGGGCCGAGCUCUCGUUCGAUGUCAAGUGCCACAACGACCGUCGCGAUGUGUAUGUGCUCGGGCCCACGGACGACAUUGCGAGCGCGCUCGAGGAAAGCCUCGUCUCGAUGAGCACCGUCCUCGCGUCGCGCUUUGUGGAGCCCGUGCGCGACGAGGCGCUGGCUUUGCACCGCCGAUUGGUGCUCUUUCAAGAGACGCUCGAUGAGUGGCUGACGUGCCAGCGAGAGUGGAUCUACCUCGAAUCCAUCUUCAUGGCGCCCGACAUCCAGCGCCAGUUGCCGCAGGAGGCGCAAACAUUUGGUACCAUCAACACCUUUUGGAAGGAGCUACUGCUGCGCGCGCACGAGACGCCGCUGUGCAUGAAGGCGACAGCGCAACCGGGGCUCAUUGAGACGCUUGUCAAGCACAACGCGUCGCUCGAGAAGCUGCGCAAGUCGCUGGAAGACUACCUCGAGACGAAGCGCAUGGCGUUUCCGCGCUUUUACUUUCUCGCGAACGACGAGCUGCUCGAGAUCCUGGCGCACACGAAGGAGCCAUUGGCGGUGCAGCCGCACUUGUGCAAGUUCUUUGACGGUAUCGUGCGCCUCGAGUUUGGCGAGGCCCACGGCUCGAUCGACAUUCUCGCCAUGCACUCGGCCGAGGGCGAGCGUGUUCCAUUUGGCCGCAACCUCAAGGCGCGCGGCAACGUCGAGGACUGGCUCGCUGCCGUGCAAGCCAAUAUGAAGCAGACGCUGCACCGCGCGCUCAAAGUGUGCGUCGGGGACUACGACCACGGCCAGCGGGACUCGUGGCUGCUGCACCACCCUGCGCAAUGCGUCGCCAGCGUCACGUACAUGGUUUGGGCGCGCGAGUGCGAGGCAGCACUGCCCUUGCCGGGCGGCGUCGACAAGUACCGGCAACUUGUGCUUGUUCAGUUGACCGGCCUCACGCGCCUCAUUCGGUCGUCGCUGACUCGGCUCCAGCGGUGCGUCGUCACGUCGCUCGUCACGACGGACGUGCACGCAAGAGACAUUUUGAGCGACCUCAUUGCGCUCAACGUCACGUCAACCCACGACUUCAAUUGGAAAAAGCAGCUGCGGUACGGCUGGAACGCCGACGUCGACGACGUGACGAUCGCGCAGUCCAAUGUUCGCAUUCGCUACGGCUACGAGUACAUGGGAGCUUGUGCUCGCCUUGUCAUAACACCGCUGACGGACCGUUGCUGGAUGACUAUCACAGGCGCGUACGACCUCAAGCUCGGUGCUGCACCGUCGGGCCCGGCCGGCACCGGCAAGACCGAGACGUCGAAAGACCUCGCCAAAGCACUCGCGAUCCAGUGCAUCGUCUUCAACUGCUCGGACCAGAUCGACUACAAGACUAUGGCCAAGCUGUUUUGCGGCCUCGCGCAGUGCGGGUGCUGGUCUUGCCUCGACGAGUUCAAUCGCAUCGACAUUGAGGUGCUCUCGGUCAUCGCGCAGCAGCUCAUGCUCCUACGCCGCGGUCGCUUGGUCGGCGCUGCCGAGGUCUCAUUCGAGGGCCGCGUGAUCACAUUGCGGGACCACCACGUCAUCGUGACCAUGAACCCGGGCUACGCCGGUCGGACCGAGUUGCCCGACAAUCUCAAGAUUUGCUUCCGGCCCGUCUCGAUGAUGGUGCCAGACUACGCGCUCAUCGCCGAGAUCAUGCUCGUUGGCGAGGGCUUUGACGAUGCAAGAGGCCUCUCGCACAAGAUCACCAAGCUCUACAAACUCUGCAGCGAGCAGCUAAGCCAGCAGCCGCACUACGACUUUGGCAUGCGAGCGGUCAAGACAGUGCUUCUCAUGGCGGGUAGCCUCAAGCGUCAAUCCACGGCAGCAUCGAGCAGCAGCAGCAGCGAGGAUGCCGUGAUCCUCAGGGCGCUGCGCGACGCCAACACGCCCAAGUUCACAUCCAACGAUCUCCGGCUCUUUGGCGCGAUACUGCGUGACCUCUUUCCCCUCAUGCAUGUGCCCGAGUCGCUCUCGACGGCGCUGGAGGACGCGGUUUUGACGCAGACGCGACUGCUAAAGCUGCAGGAGGUGGCCGCCCUCACGCGAAAGACGAUCGAGCUCUUUGACAUGCUGCAAGUGCGCGUCGGUAUUGCGCUCACAGGAGAGAGCGGCAGUGGUAAAACGACGAGCUACGAGCUGCUGCGCCGGUCCAUGGGCGACCUCCGCGACAACGCCGAUAGCAGCGACAAGCGCUAUCAGCGCGUCGUGCUCACGGUGCUGAACCCCAAGUGCGUGAGCUUGGGCGAGCUCUACGGAAGCUUUCACCCUGUCACACGCGAGUGGAAGGAUGGACUCGCUUCGGCGCUUCUCCGUGGUAUCAUUGCCGACGCCGUGGACGUCAAGACGGGUGUCGAGAAGGCGUCUUUACCGUGGCUCGUCUUUGACGGACCCAUUGAUGCGUCCUGGAUCGAGAACCUCAACACCGUCCUCGACGACAACAUGACGUUGUGCUUGGCCAGCGGCGAGCGCAUCCGGCUUCUUCCUCACAUACGUCUGCUUUUUGAAGUGAGUGACCUCGCAUCAGCGUCGCCCGCCAGUGUCUCGCGCCUCGGCGUCGUGUACUUUGCGCCCAUGACGCUUGGGUGGCGGCCGUUUGUCGAGUCGUGGCUCAACGAGACGCUCGGGUCGGACGUCGACCCCAAGGACGUGUCGCACAAGCUCCGAAGUCGCGUGAGCAAGGCGCUCGAAGUUCUCUUUGAGGCGCUGACGUCGGUGCAUCAACGCCAAGUGUUGCCCACGACGCUCCUGAGCUGCGUCGUCAACGCGUGUGAAAUGAUCUCGCUGCUCCUUGAGAAACAAAGCCGGUGGUUUUCCACAGCGACCGCCGAAAAGCAAGCCAAGUGCAUGGAUCUUCUCGUCGUCUUUGCCGUGCAGUGGGCAUUCGGCGCCAACGUGCACGAAGACGACGCGACGGUCUUCAACGACCAGCUUCUCACCAUCCUCAGCGAGCAUCGGAGUCUGUUUCACAACAGCCUCCUUCAUGUGGUUGGAAAGAGCAGCGGUGGGCCCAUGAGCUGCAGUGGCACCGGCGCCUUGCGCACGGCGGCCGUGCUCUCGGAGUUUUGCAUCGACUUUGCGGACCUUGGGUGGAGCCACUGGGAGAACCACGUGCCGCCCUUCCAGUACGCUAUGCACACGCCGAUUUUUAACCUGCUCGUGCCAACGGUCGACGUCACCAAGACGUCGUACCUCCUCUCGCUACUGGUUGGCGGCAUGAGACCCAUGUUGCUGGCAGGCGAGACGGGCGGAGGCAAGACAGUCAUUGCGCACGCCGUCAUCGACGCCCUCGCCCUACACGGCGACGACGCAGGCAUCGGUGUCAUUCCUCUCUACAUGCACUUUUCGGCGCAGACGUCGAGCGCUGUGACCCAAGCCACGAUCGAAGCCAAACUUGUCAAGAAGCGCAAAACGCUGCUCGGCGCGCCCGUCGGUCACAAGAUCGUGCUGUUUGUCGACGACAUCAACCUUCCAGCGGCGGACGCGCACGGGUCGCAGCCGUGCCUCGAACUCCUUCGCCAGCUUCUGACGCACCACGGCGUCUAUGACCGUGACAAGUACUUCUGGAAAGAGAUUGCCGACACAGUGCUCGUCGCCGCUGGUGGCCCACCCGGCGGCGGUCGCCAGGCCAUGUCGCCACGGCUGCUGCGGCACUUUACGAUCGUGGCGCUGCCGGUGGGAAGCGACAAUGCGAUGCGAACGAUCUUUCACGCGAUUGUGCUGGGACACGCGACUUCUCUAGCGUUUCCGCCGCCAGUGCGAGACUCGGUGCUCCAGACCGUCGACGCGACGCUCAAACUCUACGCGGCCGUGACGGAGACGCUGCGGCCGACGCCAGCCAAGUGCCACUACGUCUUCAACCUGCGCGACGUGGCCAAGGUGUUUGCCGGCAUCCUCCACACGCGGUCGACGUGGACGACCGAGAGUAUUGUCAAGCUCUGGCUGCACGAAAGCAUGCGGGUCUUCUACGACCGUCUCGUGAGCGCCGCCGACCGGCACUGGCUGACGACGACGCUCAUUGCGCUUCUCAACAAGAGUUUCCGCGUCAAUUGGAGCCACGACCAAAUCUUUGGGUCCGACGACGUGAUUCCCGUGCUCUUUGGCUGCUACGGGUCCGGUACGAUCAAGGGCUACGAAGAGAUCACCGACAUGGGCUCGCUCGAAGCGCUCUUGUCGUCGUACGUUGCGGAUUACAACACGUUUCGGACGCCGACCUUGCAGCUCGUCUUCUUCCGCGAUACGAUUCUCCACGUCUCGUCCCUCGCGCGCGUCCUCCUCCAGCCGCGCGGCCACGCCAUGCUCGUCGGUGUCGGCGGCUCUGGGAAGCGGUCGCUCGCGCGUCUCGCAGCCUCCAUGAUGGACAUGACAUGUACCGAGAUUGCUAUGGGCCGUUCAUACGGGCGCAGCGACUUUCGCGACGACCUCAAGAAGCUUUUGGUCGCGGCCGGCGCCAAAGGCAAGGAGACCGUUCUUCUCUUGCACGAGUCGCAGCUGCAGUGCGACGAGUUUGUCCAAGACGUCAACUCCCUUUUGAAUGCUGGCGAAAUUCCGCACUUGUUUACGCACGAAGAAGCCGAGGCGAUCCAAGCCGACAUGAAGUCGGCGGUCGCAGACGCCGGCCUUGAAGACACGAGAGCCAACGCCGAGAGCCUCUUUCUGCAGCGCGUCCGGGGCCUCCUGCACGUCGUCUUGUGUUUCUCGCCCGUCGGUCACGGGUUCCGCCUCCGGUGUCGGCAGUUUCCGUCGCUUCUCAACUGCACAACCAUCGACUGGUACGACGCGUGGCCGGCGUCUGCCCUCGUGGUUGUCGCUGAGAGCUAUCUUGGCGACGUCGAGCUCGCGUCCGAGACGGCGCGGGCCGGCCUCGUCGCGAUGUUUGCGCGCGUGCACGAGACGCUGCAGGAAUCUGCCGCCAAGUUUCUCGCGAUAUGCCAGCGCCACGUGUACAUCACACCCAAGGCGUACCUCGAUACGAUUCGCCUCUACCUGCGCAUGCUGUCUGAGAAGCGGUGGCUGGCCAAAGAGGCCUACGACCGCCUCUCGGCCGGCGUCGUCAAGCUCGAAGACACAAACGAGCUCGUUGCGCGCCUCCAAGUCGAGCUUACCAACCUUCAGCCCAUUCUUGCCGCCAAGGCGCUCGAAGCCGAGGCGCUUCUGAAGCAAGUGGCCAUUGACCAGGCGGAGGCCGCCAUCGUCGAGCAGCGGGUGAGCCACGACGAGUCGAUAGUGAAAGCGCAGGCCGUGGACGUUGCCGAGUGCCAAGCCGACGCUCUGCGGGAUCUCGAGAUCGCGAUGCCAGCGCUCAACGCUGCCGUUCAGGCGCUCGACUCGCUCGACAAGAAGGACAUUACCGAAGUCAAGAGCUUCACCAAACCGCCGCAAGCAGUCCAGGUCGUCAUGGAGGCCGUGUGCAUCAUGCUGGGCGAGAAACCAGAUUGGGACACGAGCAAGCGCGUGCUCUCCAAGCCGUCGUUCAUGGCCGAGCUCAAGGAGUUUGACAAGGACAACAUUCCGCCCAAGACGCUCCUCCGCAUCAAAAAGUACAUUGAGAACCCCGACUUUGCGGUCGACGAGGUGAAGAAAGUGUCGCACGCCGCCAUGUCGCUCUGCAUGUGGAUCCACGCCAUGGACAUGUACGCGCGCGUGAGCAAGGAAGUCGCGCCCAAGAAGGAGCGGCUCGCGGUCAUGAACGCGACGCUGGCCGAAGCCAACGCCAAACUCAACGCCAAGCAGACCGAGCUUGCCCAGGUCAUGGCCCGCGUCCAUGGCCUCCAGGCGCAGUGCGACGGUGUCGUCGCCGAAAAGAGGCGCCUCGCAGACGAAGCGGAGCUCACACGCGCACGCCUCUCUCGGGCCGAGAAGCUCACGGUCGGGCUUGCUGACGAACUCGUGCGCUGGAAAGCGAGCCUCGAGGUCAUGGCCGCCGACGAAGUGAAUUUGGUUGGCGACGUCUUCUUGUCGGCAGCUUGCAUUGCGUACUUGGGACCGUUCGACGGCACGUUUCGGCUCAGUCUUCAGCGUCUCUGGCACGACGCGAUGGCUGGCGCGCAGCUUCCGACAAGUGCUUCAACGUCGCUCCUCGUAACGUGCUCGGACGCGUCGCAGCUGCGCGAGUGGCAGCUCAACGGUCUCCCCACGGAUGCAACGUCGGGCGAGAAUGCUGUCAUGGUCUUCCGCGGCGAGCGCUGGCCGCUCUUGAUCGACCCGCAGCAGCAGGCGCGCCAGUGGCUCUUCAAGACCGAGGGUGCGUUCGGUCUCCACGUCAUCAAGCUGCACGACAAGAGUCUUCUGAGUGCCAUCGAGGGCUGCGUUCGGGACGGAAAUCCGCUUGUGCUGGACGACGUGGGCGAGACGUUGGACGCGGCGCUUGACCCACUGCUCUUGAAGGCGCUCACCAAACAUGGAGGCAAAUACGUGCUGCGUGUGGGCGACCACGACGUCGUGUACGACCGCAACUUCCGAGUCUACCUCUUGACCAAGCUGCCGAAUCCGCACUUUUUACCCGACGUGUGCAUCAAAGUGAACGUGAUCAACUUCACCGUGACCAAAGAAGGGCUCCAGGACCAACUGCUGGGAGACGUUGUGCGCAAGGAGCAGCCCGAAAUUGAAGCCAAGAUGCACGCACUCCUCGCUUCGAUUGCGACCGACCAAAAGCUCUUGAAAGCCAUCGAGUCGAAGAUUCUCAGCCUCCUCUCGACUUCGCAAGGCAACAUCCUCGACGACCAGGUUCUCAUCACCACGCUCGCCGAGUCCAAGAAGACUGCGACCGUCGUCUCGGAGCGUCUUGCCGAGUCCGAAGUAACACGCGCCGCGAUCGCCGACGUCCGCAACCAGUACCUUUCCGUCGCUGUCCGAGGCUCGUUGCUCUACUUUGUCUUGGCCGACCUGGCGACCAUCGACCCCAUGUACCAGUACUCGCUCGCGUACUUUAAGCGCCUCUUCAACCAAAGCAUGCACGAAUGUCCCAAAAGCUCGACGCAGGAGCUGCGCUUAGCGGCGCUCGUCGACGGGCAGACGCAAACUGUCUUUGUCGACGUAUCAAGAGGACUCUUUGGGGACCACAAGCUGCUCUUCUCGCUUCUCAUGGCGCUGCGCAUUCUCAGUGAUGCUGGCCAGAUCGCGCCAUCGGAGCUUCCGCUGCUCUACCGCCCACAACCUGCCGUGUCCGCUACAGAGCCAACGCCGUUGCCGCUCAAGGCCUACGAAGCGCUGCUAGCACUGAGCAGCGCACUCCCGCUCUUUGCUGCGCUAUCGGACUCUGUUGCUGCGACAUCGGCCGCGUGGCAAUCGUGGCUCUCCAGCGACGACCCGUAUACGAGCACGCUACCCGAGGGCUUCGAGAGUCUUUUGUCUCCGUUCCUAAAGCUCGUUCUUUCGAGCGCUUUGCGACCAGAGAAAGGCGUGCAGAGCGUGCUGGGCUUCAUAUCUGCGACCUUGGGGGCCACGUUCACGGCCCAACAGGCUUUUGCCAUGACGGACGUGUUUCCGGCGCUCGACAAGAACGUUCCGUGUGUCUUUAUCUUGUCAUCGGGCGCGGACCCGACAGCCAUUUUGCACCGAUUCGCGGCCGACCUUGGGCGCGACGACCGCUUGCACGUGGUGUCACUUGGGCAAGGCCAAGGACCGCUGGCGACAGCACUCAUCCAACGAUGCGCUGCGUCGGGGGACUGGGCGCUCCUCCAAAAUUGCCACCUCGCCAAGUCGUGGAUGCCGACGCUUGAGCAACUUCUGUUGCAGCUGCGCGCUGACGCAGGUGACGUCCACGAUGACUUUCGACUCUUUAUGACGUCGUUUCCGGCGCCGUACUUUCCGGUCGCGAUCCUCCAGUCGUCGGUCAAAGUCACAAACGAACCGCCGCGAGGACUCAAGCCCAACCUUCGGCGGUCAUUUGACACGCUCAUCUCGGACGACCUGCUCCGCUCCAUGUCGUCUGCGGAGCGUCACUUGGUCUUUGGUCUCGCCUUCUUCCACGCUGUCGUGCAAGAGCGGGCCAAGUUUGGGCCCAUGGGCUGGAGCAUGCGCUACCAGUUCAACGACUCGGACUUGGAAACGUCGAUCGCGCUUCUUCGGGCCCUCGUCAGCGCCGGAAAGAAAGCCCCCGAAGCGCUGCCGUGGGAUGCGCUUCAGUGCGUUACGGGCGACAUCAUCUAUGGCGGCCGCAUCACGGACGAGUUGGACCGGCGCUGUCUCCUUGCGACGCUUCGGAGGUUUCUCUGCGUCUCGACGUUCACACAGCCCUUCACGGACGACGCGCCACUGUAUGCGACACCAACGGCCACGUCCGUCGCCGAGUUUCAGGCGUUUAUCGAGAGCCUUCCGAGUCACGACCCUCCAGCGAUCUUUGGUUUGCAUCCAAACGCUACGGUCGUGUUUGAGACGCAAGCGACGCAAGCACUGCUGGGCAUGGUCUUGCAGCUGCAAGCGCACGGGUUCUCCGAAGCCAGUGGCGCCAACUCGGACGACGACGACGCUACCGUACUAGCAUUGGUGGCGCACGUGCAGGCGACGCUUCCGCCGCUUCUGGAUGUGACCUCAGCAAUCACAGGGCUCUUUGAUGAGCACGACGGCCAACUCGACUCGCUCGCGACGGUUCUUGGUCAAGAAAUCACCAAGUUCAACCGGCUGCUGCAAUCGAUCUCAAACUCCGUGUCGAUGGUCCAACUCGCGGUGCGCGGCCUUGCAGCUCUCUCGGCGGCUUCGGACGCGACAUACAAAAGUCUCCUUUUGCGACAGGUGCCCCAUGAGUGGGCCCACGUCGGCUUUGCGUCGCUAAAGCCCGUGGGGGCGUACUUGGACGACCUCAGCAGUCGCGUGCGCUUCAUGGCCAACUGGUUGCGACUCGGAAAUCCGUCGACGUUUCCUUUGCCCGUCUUCUUCUUCCCCCAAGGCUUCCUUACCGGUGUGCUGCAGAACCACGCUCGAAGGCAUGCACUUCCGAUCAACCUCCUCGAGUUUGCCUUUGCCGUCCUCCGCGACAACGACCAAGAUGACACGAUGACGGCCGACGGUGUCAUUGUCACAGGGUUGUAUAUGGAGGGCGGGCGGUGGGUGGAUGGGCGCCUCACCGAUGCAGCACCGGGUGAGCACUACGCGGUGAUGCCACGCAUUCGAUUUCUGCCGCAGCUGCCACCAACAGAAGUGCCACCAGGGUACGCGUGUCCGGUGUACAAGACCACAGCUCGCCGGGGCACGCUCUCAACCACGGGUAUUUCAACCAACUUUGUCGUGAGUGUGCUCCUGCCGUGCGAACUGGACCCGGGGCACUGGGUGCUGCAUGGCACGGCGCUUCUGUGCAACUUAGAUACGUAACUAGAUGAUGGUACAAGGGCU